AUGACGUAUCCUCGUCCUGAUUUUGAGCGCAACCCGCUGCGUUGGGAGUCCCUCAAUGGACAAUGGGAUUUCCUCUUCGACGAUGGCGAUGCUGGUCUUGCUGAGAACUGGCAGCGAACAGGUCUUCCCGAGAAGGUCAACGUGACCACAUCCGCCAGCCGCAAAGAGACUGGCCAAAGCGACAGCGUCGUCCAGAAGAUCAUGGGCGAAGCUCAUUCUCUCAUCCAGAACAACGUGUUUACCGCCUCAACACAGACUACCAACUCAAAAACCAAAAUCACCGUCCCUUACGUUUUCCAAUCCCCUGCUUCUGGCAUCAACGAUAGAGGCGUGCAUGAGGUCCUUUGGUACGAGCGUGCUAUUUCAGACCUGCGCUCGGCGCAGGAGAAGGAGCAUGGCCACAGAUUGGUUCUGCGAUUCGGCGCCGUUGAUUAUGAAGCUACUGUCUGGGUCAAUGGUGAAUAUGUCGGGGGUCACCGAGGCGGACAUGUUCCUUUCGAAAUCGACGUUACCGAUGCUGUGAAGGCGGCCAAGGAGGCUACCACUCAUCGCGUCACGCUUCGUGUUUAUGAUUCUGCUUAUGAUCUGACGCAGCUCCGAGGAAAGCAGUAUUGGGCUGCCAAGCCUGAGACCAUCUUUUACACACCCUCUGGCGGUAUCUGGCAGUCUGUCUGGCUGGAGGUUGUUCCAUCUGCUCGUAUUGCGGAUAGUUCUUAUGGUACCGUCAUCAAGUCCAACGAUAUCCACUCCGGACAGCUUCGCAACACCAUCGCAGUCAAGGGACGACGAGCUGGAAAUGACUAUUCCGUGGAGAUUGAAGCAAGCUUUGCUGGCGUCCCUGUGGCGAAGUCGGAGAAGAAAGCACUUCCCCGAGAGACUAGCUCGGUUGGUGUUGAGCUGAACGUUCGUCUAUCUGAGGAGCAGAGGUCUAAACUACCCCAGUCUGUCCUUCAAAGUGCUCCUUUGGAUAACGACUUUGCUUGGCGUGAUGGCGUUGCAUUGUGGUCUCCAGAGCACCCCCAGCUAUAUGACCUCGUCAUUCGACUUUAUGACGACACAGACAAGGCCGUCGACGAAGUCAAGACUACCACCGGUAUGCGAAACAUCAACUGGACAACAGGCGACGGAACCUGGCGCCUCAACGACAAGCCUUAUUUCCAAGCUCUCUGCCUAGACCAAGGCUACUGGCCCGAGACAUUCAUGACACCUCCAAGCUCCGAGAGUCUCAAGCUCGACAUCGAACUUGCCAAGAAGAUGGGUCUCAAUGGAUGUAGAAAGCACCAGAAGGUGGAAGAUCCUAUAUUCUAUUACUGGGCUGACAAGCUUGGUUUCCUCGUCUGGGGAGAAAUCGCCAAUGCUUAUGCGUUCAGCGCCGAGUACAUCGAUCGUUUCAACGCUGAGUGGACUGAGGCUGUUAAGCUGGUUAUCAACCGUCCCUCUGUUGUGACGUGGACUCCUGUUAACGAGAGCUGGGCGUACCCUGCUCUGGAGGACAAUGCUGAUCAGCGUAACCAUAUCCGACAGCUCUAUUAUCUCACGAAGGGUCUUGACGACACCAGAAGCAUUAACGAUAACUGCGGCUGGCAGCACGUCCUUACUGACCUGACAACUUUCCAUGACUACAGCGACGGCCCAGAGAUUGAAAAGACCUGCUCUACGCUAGAAGGCAUCAUUGGUCCCAAGGCUGGCCGAGGCGUCUUCCUGCCUCCCAUUCCCGGUGUAGACGAGGGCUCCAAGCACAAGCCUGGCGCACCAGUCAUGAACACCGAGUUCGGCGGCGUGAACAUUGCUCCUCCCAAGAAGGAAGACAAUGCUGGGGAUAGCCUGGACUGGGGCUACACCACAGCUACAAACGCUGACGAUCUAGUCAAGAGAAUCGAGCGUCUUGUAAACGGCAUUGUUCUGGGCGGGCACUGUUGUGCUUUUGUGUAUACUCAACUUGCCGAUAUUGAGCAAGAAGUUAAUGGGUUGUACACUUUCAACCGAGAGGAGAAGUUGGAUGCGUCAAGGGUUAAGGCUGUCCUUGACAAGGCGCUUCAGAGCUACUACAGUAGAGUGAGAUAA